AUGGCUCUUGCGUUCACGGCCCCAGGGUCGGCGGCAUACCCCAAAGUGACGCAGUGGAAGAGUGCAGCAAGCGGAAGUGUUCCAAAGACUCCGUCUACCCACAGCGGCCGCGGCCAGAGUGUCAUGGCCAUCUCCAUGGCGACUUUGACAUUUGUUGGAAAGAUGCAGAAGAGGCCGACGCCAUCCGGCACCAACAUGCUCUCUGAAACAGCUGAGACACCCGAAAGCCCCAGCAAGAGCAACAACACGUAUGCCUACAAUUUGGUGAAGCUCUGCCUGGUGAUCACCUUGGUGCCUUUCCUGUUCUGCUUGGGCAACUUCUCCUAUGAUCGGUCUUUGAGUGACUUCGACCUUGAGUAUGGGCCACACCUGUCUCAUCCAGCUUUGAGGACCACCUCAACCAUCCAGGCCAUCAUGGUAUUCGCCGCUUUGUUCUGGCGUGAGAAGAAUCGCAGCGAUCCAAUUGACAGACUCUUUUCUUGGCUCUUUGUGCCAGAAGCUGUCACACAUAUCUUGCUGCACUUUUUUAGCCAUCAUUUGCCAUAUGCAAACUUCGCCUUUGCUUACGCAUUCAGUGCUGGAAUUGCGCUUCCGGGCUUUCUGUCGCUGCUCUGCUACGUGCCGAAAGACAAGAAGUUGCCUUGGGCGUAUCUCGUGCUGUAUGUAGCAACACAGAUUCCGAUUGUUGCGGGGUUAACCAACAUGGUGGGCCCGGCGAAGAUGAGAUUGAAUUAUGCAAACAUCAACACGGCAUGCAUUACAUCCCCCUUCUUCUACGGCAUCCUGAAGCGAUGGAAUGAUGUUCCCAAAAGUCCUGUGAUCCUUGCUACAUUGACCAUAAGCUACCAAGUUGCCAUGGGCAUCAUGGGCCCCAUCACAGGUGCUUCGGAUCUAAAGCUUUAUGAUCCAUCGUGCAUCUUUCAACAUGGAGUGGUGGACAUCGGCUUUGGGAUUGCGUAUGCCGUGUCGAUCAUUUGUGGCGUUUUCAAGCCCGGUGUUCCACGACCUGCAUGGGACUGA